AUGAGCACAUCCAUUGAGUCCACUCCUGGGCAGAAGCAGGAGCUGCCCUGGAUCAAGCUUCCUCAUCCCUAUUUGACCACAUACAAGAUCCAUGUCGUUUCUGAGUCUACCCCCCGAGUGCUGCAGCUCCAAUUACACGACGCCCAGGUUGGACAAUCUCUCCCAGAGCCCUUCCACUCCGACUCCUUGCGCUAUACAGACCUGUCCUUCGAUCAAUCCGCCAAAGAUAUCCCAGACAACGACAACAGCCCCUGGGCACGCAGCCGCAGAGCACCAGGUACAUCAUUCCAAUGGACGGGACAGGAGCCGCCCACCUUGGCUCAGAUCUGGAACGUCAUCCACGCCAUUUUCGUGACAUAUCCGCAACGCGAGAUGAUCCGUCUUGAGUUGGACGGGUCCAGAAGCGACAUCGUCCGCGAGGAAUGCCUUCGCACCGGCCUGGCAAUUCCCUUCCCUUCCCGUCGCAUCCCCUUUGGCAACGAAAACACCGCCUCCGACACAAAUACUCUGGUUCUGCUGCGGUCUGCUUUCUGGCAAGGCGCCGGCUCGCCAGUUGGCCCUCGGCCCAUUUGGGCGGUCGACCAGGGCACCCAUGGGCUGCUCCGCGGCUCAGCAAGCCAGUAUCCCCCUCUGGCGCAGAACUACGAGUUUUCCAUGAAAUUCCCCAGCGAGCGCGUCUACACGAGACACCCCAUCCGUCCUCAGAAGCCUGCCCCGGGAUCGCUGGUCUACAGUCGCUAUAUCCCGCACCUGGAUCAGCAUUUCUCGUUGAUGGUGGUGGAUUGGCAGAACCAAGAGCAUCUCGAGCUCUUCCAUAAAUGGCAGAACGACCCCCGAGUGGCGAAGGGAUGGAACGAAACAGGGGACCUUGAGCAUCACCGCAAGUAUCUGCGUCAGCUGCAUGAGGAUAAGCAUGUUCUGUCUCUUUUUGGACGCUUUGAUGAUUUCAAGUUUGCAUAUUUCGAAGUCUACUGGGCUAAGGAGGACCACUAUGGCGCACACUACGACGCCGGCGAUUACGAUCGAGGACGGCACUCUCUGAAUGGCGAGGCCAGUGUUCGCGGCGCGUACAGAGUGAAUGCAUGGUGGGCCAGCGUAAUCCAUUACAUCUUCCUGGACGAACCGCGCACGCAAUGUGUAGUCGGCGAGCCCAAGGCAACGAGUGCCACGGUUCUCUCCUACGAGAAUGCGCACGGGUUGACAGUGCAGAAAUACGUGGACCUCGGCCACAAGCGGUCUGUUCAUGUGUACUGCAGCCGAGAAAAAUGGUUCCAGCUGUGUCCGCUGUUCUGGGAUGGACGCGCCAGGCCCCUGGAGAACUCGGAUCGGAUGGCGUGGGAUGCAAAAUUAUAA